AGUGAUUGAGUAAUUGUUGCAACAAUCAAUUUAGCUAAGUACAGUACUGAAGUUCUCGUCCCUCUGAAUGUUUAGUAAAGUACUAGAGCGAUUUCGGCUCAAAUGGAAGUCAUACCGACACCGAUUUUUACCUUGGAUUGUCCUAAACAUGUCUAAAAAUGAAAAAACACUUCGACAAGUCAAAGGACGUUGUGAGGACAAGUUGAUCCCGGACGAAGCGGUGUCACGGAAACUCCUGCAACUCUUCCGAGUUCUCCACGGGGCGAAUCAUCGUGCAGAGCUCGGUAACUUCCGCUGCCAGGUAAUGAGUGACAAAGGGCAUUGUGUACAUGAUGCCAUGUUCCAAUCUCUUGGAUUCUGCAUCGACCGGAAGCCCAGCACACUUCCCCAUGCAGGAACUGGAGUGUUUGUCACCAGGGGGUUGGUACCUAAGGGAGCAACAGUCGCCAUGUAUCCUGGCACCAUCUACCAAGCAUAUGAGCCUAUUCUCCUCCAAUCCAUCAGAAAUCCAUUUGUCUUUAGGUGCAUAGAUGGUGUCUUGGUUGAUGGGAAUGAUAAAGGGAUCUCCAAGAUAGUGUACAAUUCAUGCAGUGGCAGAGACCAAAUGGGCCCUUUCACAACGAAUGAUACCACUUGGCUAACAUCCACUCCGCAGAAUCCGCUGGCAGUGGGUCAGUAUGUGAACAACUGCUCCAAUGAGAUGCCCGCCAAUGUGUGCUACCAGGAGUUUGAUGUUUCUGACACUUUUCCCAUUGAGUUUCGGUACUAUCUUCCCAAUGUCAACUACAGCCCGCUCUCACAGAGACCUCUUCGUUGUGUAGUCCUUGUAUCACUCAGAGACAUUACAGAAGGAGAGGAGCUAUUUUCCAAUUACUACACUAUUGUGCACUCGAAGCGACAAAAUAAAGAAGUCCGGGAAUAAUAAAA